AUGGCUGAAAUGCAAAAGGAUCAUUUAUUAAACGAAGACAUUUCAUUACAAAUUGAGAUUCUAAAGAAAUUAAAAUCAUCACCGAAUAUCGUAAUAUUCAUAGGCUUUACAAAUAGAAUUAUUGACGGUAAUUUUUGUCAAUAUUUAGUUAUCAAAUGGCUUGAAUACAGAUCUUUAAAAGAAUUUUACACUAAACAUAAAGAGUUAAUGAUGACAGCAAAAAAAUUGGAAUUUGCUAUUGAUAUUGCUAGAGGACUAAACUUUCUGACGAUUGUUGGAAUACUUCAUCAUAAUGUAAGAAGUGAAAACAUAUUUGUUGAAAAACAUGGAAGUGAAAAUAGGAAAUUUCAGAUAAGUUUGAUUGUAUUGUGCAACAAAAUAUUAUCGAAAGAAGCUAUUAACAAAACUAAACAAAUUAAGGCUGGCAUUUAUAACAUCCGGUAUAUGGCACCUGAGAUACUUGACACAACAACUUCGGAGGACAUCCAAAAAAAAAUGUUUCUUAUAAUUACAAGUGCAAAGUUUAUAGAGAUUAAUCAACAUUUUAUUUUACCUAGUUUUGGGAUGCUUCUCUGGGAAAUUGCCAAGUUAAAUAUUCUUAAUCAAACAAAUGUUCCCAUGAAAUAUCAAAAAUUAACACAUAAAGCUGUUCAAACGAAUGCAAAAGAUCAACCUAAUUUUAUCGACCUCUUUGUCAGUUUAGAGAAACUUUAUAAACACUACACAAACAGUAUCUCAUCAGAAGGCAACUCCAGUAUCAAUUCUAACAUUUCUAAGUCUCCUGAAGAAAACUCUAAAGAAGAUGAUAUUAACAGUGCUAAAACUGUUGAAGAUGCCUUAAAGGAACACAUGUCAGAACAUGGAAACAAAAAACUUGCAUAG